AUGUCUUUAUUGAAUUCAAGUGUGGAUAGCGGCAUAGCAUUACCAGCCAAUCCAUCCGAACCUGUGUUAUGCAAGGAUUCAAAUCAUCAUACUUCUGAACCCGAGUUCAAGUCUACAAAAGAGCUUGCCUAUGAUGAUUCUUUUAGUAGCUCUAUAUCCGCCACUACAGGUGGAGCGAUACUUUGGAAUUCUGGAGCCGAUCCUGCAUUAAAUAGUGUAUCAAAUCGAAAACGGCUUAGAAGCGACCUUGAAAAUAAUACCAAUCAUGCUGGCAGUGCAGCCCCAAAUAUAACCGAGUUUGGUAGACUUGCUCACGGUAGCUUGUUUUUAGCCUCAAAUACCACCAGCUCGGUAACAGCCAUCGACACCACUACUGUUGAGCAGGAACAAGAGGCCCAGCAAGUUGAGCCCAGAUUGGAUUCUAUUGCUAACAAAAACCUUGCUACAUCACACACUUCCUCUACCAGUCCCGUCAAAACUGCUGAGCACAAGUCACUUGAGCCAACUGCCGUUGCAAGUGGAACUGGCUGGGGUAUUACCACAAAUCCGGUCGUAUGUUUUCUUUCCUUUCCCCCUAUGCAGCUAUAUAAGUCGUGUGUUGAUUAUUCAGCUCAAUUUCUUAAACCAGCUCUCCCACUCAUGACCUGCAGCACAGAUGUAUUCCAUAUGAACGUGUGUGCACCUACUAAAGAAAGGGAUGCAGUAAGCUUCAAUGGUCUACCCAAACUAGUUGUUAGACAAGAACCCAUUCAUGGACGUACGUGUGGGUUCGCAAAUGUCAAGGACCGGAGAAUGAUUAACCCAGCAUUGAUUCUACAAGUUGUCAAUCAAAAUGGCGAUGUACAGGGGAUCAAUUCAGAUGACUAUCUAUGCUUGGUAUCCCUUGCGGCUGUCGAGGCAGAUGGUGGCGGCGAUCGUAGUGCAGCUCUAAACUCACGCUCAAAAAUGUGUUUACGUGCACGCAAUACUCGCCCAGAGGAUGCAAACGAUAUCACAAGAGCAGAUCUUAUAAACCAAACAGUUGUGGGAGCCAAUAUCAAAACUGCCGAUCUUCUUAUUGAUCUUAAUGGCACCAAUGGCGUAUUUUUUAUAUUCUCUGAUAUCAGCGUACGAGUGCAUGGCCGAUAUAGACUCAAGUGCCAGUUGAUGAAAAAGAAUUUUAGCAAUGGCGAAUUCAACCUCGAUGUCUGCAGCAUCGCCUAUACCAGACCUUUUAUGAUGUAUCCUCCAAAGAAUUAUCCUGGAAUGACAGAAGGAACAAAUUUGUCUCGAUGGUUUUCACAACAAGGAGCUCUUGUUAGCGUUCGACGAUUCUACGUUAGCGAAGACGCGAUGAAUUUCUAAUUCGUGUAGUUUGCAUAAUAUUAUCGUUUUUUGAAAUCCAACUUGGUACUCCCAAAAUGUAGAAUGGAUUUAAACAAAAUUUUAAAACGAUACAAUUUAGCCUGAUGUAGCAGCUUGUUAUCAUUGAAAUUUAUGGGAUAUUUGUUUUGCUUGAAUGGCAACUUUAUAGAAUUGCAUGCAUAGUGUUGUGGGAUAUUUGAUGUGGGUUGUUUUUAAUGGCGAGACUUUAUUUUUCUGGUGGCUGUAGAUCGUUUUACUUGUUCACAUUACUUUAAUUUCUUAUUCCUUGCAAACUUGUUGUUUUGCAUUUCAGUUUAAUAUGGCUUGACCGACUUUUCUCUACAGAUAUACUUUCUCUAUCUCAAUACAAUAAAUUGAAUUACAGCU